GCUCUCUUCUAACCUAAGGAGCAAAAACAUCAAUUGAAGAGAGAUUCCAAAGAUAACCUCACUAGAGAAACCGAUCACUUUUCUUUACCUACCUGAAAAGUUAUCUUUUCUCAUUCGGACACAAAAAAAUCCACUCAUAUACAUACAACACAAAGAGAUGAGUGAAUCAAAUAUUUACUCUUUACCAUUUACUGACAUCUCUCUACAAUCAUCAUGCCACCUUUCCGUUUUCGCAUCCCAUUCUUCUCCUCCAACUCUCCUUCUCGUAUCUCUUCAGGGACUUCUUCGCCAUCGCCACCACCUACUCCUCCUUCACGCCCUCCUUUUCGUCCUGCAGGCAUCGCUCAGCCGUCGAAGUCAGAAACAAAGCCCAAGGCGUCUCCGUCACUUUCUAGGAGUAGAAGUAAUGUUGCAGCCCUAGCUGCUUCUUCGUCCGCGUCUCAAUUGCCUUCUCUCGGUGCAGCCACGCCAACUCGCCUGGCGAAACAGACUAACCAACAAUCUGGUUCUCCAUCAAAGAAACUGGAUUCUCUGAGGAUGGAGGAACAAAAGGUGGCGACAAAAGAGAAGCCACCGGGAGAAACUGAAAAAAUAGCUGAAGAGAAUAUCAGUCCUGUAAAAGAGAAACCUCCGAUUGGAGCUCGUCCAGAAGAGCAUUUAGAACAGAAAGAAACAGAGGCAGUGCAAGAACAGGGGAGGAAUACUGAAGCAGCGAGACUUGUGGUGCAAGAAAAUAAGAAAGUCCUUCCUGAAGGCAGUGGGAAGAAGUCAGCAGCAAAUCAGGGACAACAGAAGAUAGAAGAAAUCGAGAAAAUUGCGUUACAAGAAAGGAAGAAAGUUCUUCAUGACGACGGUGUACAGAAGUUAGAAGCAGAUCAGGGACAACAGAAGAGCAAAGAAACUGAGAAACUUGCAUUACAAGAAACGAAGAGAUCACUUCAGGCGGUAGGUAGAGAAGAUGCAACGCGAAGCAAAACCACACGACAUAUGGCAGCAGCAUCAGAAACCACGAGAGGACCGAGAGAUCUACCGGAGAAAAAGACAGAAACGCAAAACAGAACAGAGAUUCCUACCGAUGACAAUCAUCAGAAAACCAAAGGCGCAUUAACGAGUAAUCUUGGAAAUCCGAGAGUUACGAAUAGAGAAGGAUCAUCUUCAAUGAGCAGAAAGAUUAAAGAAGACAUCAGAGAUGGAAUCAGUAAGCUAACUUGGGGAAAAAGCAACGGUGAUGAUAAAUCAGUGAGCGUCUACACUCUCACUGGAGAAAACAAAGGAGCCACAAUGGGAAUAGGUUCUGAGAAAGACAAGAAAGACGGUGAGGUUCAUAUUCGCCGUGGCUACAGAAGUAACCCAGACGAGAGCUCUAACACCACAGCCACAGAAACCGAAAACCCUAAAGACGACGAAGCAGAGGAAGAAGCGAGUUUUACGGCAUACAUAAACGGAAACACUCAAGGGAUAAACAAUUCAAUUGUAGUCGAGAGUUCAGUAAGCGAGAAUGAUCCAGGAGUUCAUAUGAGUUUUAAGUUUGAAAUAUUGAAGAAGGAAGUUAUAUAUCCGCCAGAGAAUGUGGAGGAGAAGAAACCGGAGACGGUGACCGUAACGAAGAAGUUAAAGAAUGAGCCGAGAGUAAGGAGGAGAUGCUUGAGAGGGUUACUUGCAGAGUCGAGUGAGUCGGAGCCAGAUAAUCCCUUGAAGCCACGGAGACAUGGUUGCCGGUUUACUUGUAAAGAUAAAGAUAUAGAGAACACUUAAAAAUCAUGUAAAUUGUAUGAAAUUUAUGCAAACGCUCUAUUUGAUCAACUUCUAUUUGCUCUUUAACUAGUAAAAAAAACAGAACAAAAC